CAUUUCAAAUUUCAACUUUCAUCAUAGUGUGAAAAUUGUGAAAUCACUGAGGAAAUCACAAAGCAAUUUGUUUGGUUGGAACUUAGAAUUACUUUAAAUAGUUUUAUUUUCAAUAUUAUACGCAAUUUUAAUUUUAACCUGAAGCAAUCUAAUAUCUGUGAUAAUUAAUAAUAAGCAAUAUGUCGAAUCCGUGGAAAAGAGUGUCAGCACCUGUUGAUGUGCAAAACCUAUCAGAUAUUAUGUCUGAAGAAUACGCUAAGGGAUUACAAGUAAAGGAGGAAUUAAAGUUCGCGGAGCAUAUAACGGAUAACAAUGUUACAUCCGAAUCCAAUGAACUAUCCCCUGAAAUUCUUGGACAAAUCGAAGAGUCCAAUGUAAAGGAAUAUUGCGACUCAGAUGCUAUAAUUGCAAAAGUUUUGCAAUGCCAGUUCGAUAAAGAAUACGAUGAUGAGAUAAAGCGCGUGGAGAAAAAGAAGAACGGAGAAUCCAAGGUGUCUGUAUCAUAUGAUAAUUAUCGGACGGUGCCUGAACAUUUAGUUUAUGAUUCUGACUCCGAUGACGACGGUGAAAUCACUGAAAGAAAGGACUGGGACAGAUUUGAAACUAACGAAAAAGAGUUCGCUAGUUUGCCAAAGAGGGGUUACAUUAUAAAAGAUGGAGAAAUGGUUACAAAACACGACGGCGUUAUAAACGCUCGAAGAAAUGCAUGCAGAGUGAUGGCAUUCCCACCAGAAGUUUGUACUGGCGAUGGCGCUGGAUUCGACAUGAAAUUACCCAAUCAUGCGUUCAACCAACUCAAAGAGCAUACUAGAUGGAACACUGCCCGUAAACACAAAAUGUUAGACAGAAAAGAGAGUCAAGCUACAGCUGAAAUGGGUCUCGACGAAUCCACCAGACUUAUCCUCUUCAAACUGAUCAACAAUGGUCUACUGGAGGAUAUCAAUGGAGUCAUAUCAACUGGCAAAGAAUCAGUAGUCCUCCAUGCCAACAGCGAUCCUUCCUAUCCAGAUAUGGUGCUGCCAAAAGAAUGCGCUAUCAAAGUGUUUAAAACUACACUGAAUGAGUUCAAAACUCGUGAUAAAUACAUUGAAGCUGACUAUAGAUUUAAAGACCGGUUUUCCAAGCAGAAUCCUCGUAAAAUUGUGCACAUGUGGGCUGAGAAGGAAAUGCAUAAUAUGAUGCGUAUACAGAAAGUUGGCUUGAAUUGUCCCGAAAUGGUUUGUUUGAAGAAGCACAUCCUUGUGAUGUCUUUUAUUGGGAAAGAUAACAAGCCUGCUCCUAAGUUGCGAGAUGUUAUAUUGAAGCCAGAACAAUGGGAGAGUGUUUACCAUGAGAUUGUGGAUGCAAUGAACAAGUUGUAUAAUGUUGGACAUCUGGUGCAUGCUGAUUUGUCCGAAUACAAUAUUCUGUGGUGGGAGAACAAAUGCUGGUUCAUAGAUGUGUCGCAGUCUGUUCAGCCUGAUCAUCCUAAUGGUUUAGAGUUCCUUUUGAGGGAUUGCAAAAACAUUAUCAAUUUCUUUGAAAAGAAAGGAGUACCAAAUAUAAAAACAGCUGAUGAGCUGUUCAAAUUCAUUACUGGAUUUGAAGAAGUCGAUGUCAACUUAUUGGAAGGAGUCCAUACAACAUACAACUCUUUGUCAUCUCGUUUUGAAAUUGCUCUGGAUGAUAAUCGCAAUGUCAGCUAUCCGUUUGAGUACUGCUGGCAAAAGACAAAUGAAAAGCCCAAGUCUGAAAAGGAUUCUGGGAGUGAUGACGAGUUUGAUGAAAUGUGGAUACAUUCUCAGAAGAAUAAAGCUAUUGAUAUAGCUACUAACUUUGCGAACGAACUAAAAAUUGGCGAUGAAAAUAUCGUCGUCGAUAAGGAGGCAAACUUCGGAAAUGUCAUAAAGGAGCCUUCUUCGGUUAUCGAAGGGAUUACUAGUACUAGUAGUCGUAUUGAUAAAAAGUCUUAAUCAUAAAUUGUUUCUAUUUUGAAUUGAAUUUACAUAUACAUACUCUGUAUUAAAAAUUAUCAAACAGAAUUUAGUGAAGCUGUUUAAGAAAAACUGUUGAACAAAAAAAAAUAGGAGAAAAACAAAUAAAAAUGUGCAAUGGUU